AUGAAGCGCACGUACCAAUCGGUUCCCUCGUUGACCUCCGGAGGACUUGGAAACGGGAAAACUCUCGAGCGCGUGAAAUCGUUUCAAGAGUUACAAAUCGAGUCCGAUACGAAGUUGUACUGGGUGAAGUCCUUGUUCUUCCUCUUCUCGUGGGCGUUCGUUUCCGGCGGGAUUAUUUUACUGAACAAGUAUAUUUUCGUGAAGGACGAUUUCCCGUACCCGAUUGCAAUUUCCGCGACUGGGCCUUUGUGUUCGUGGAUCGUGGCGGCGUUGUUGAUCGCGAGCGGGAGAGUGACGAUAGAGAACAGAUUGACGCUGUGGGAGUACGUGACGAUUAUUAUUCCGAUUGGUUUGUUCACGGCGAUUACGUUCGCGAGCGGGAACACGCUGUAUUUAUACUUGAGCGUCAGUUUUAUACAGAUGAUUAAAAGUUUAAGUCCAGUGGUUGUGUUUUUAGUUUUAGUUUUGUUAGGUAUGGAUAAGCCGACGUUUACGAAGACGUUUGGGAUCGUGGUGACGAGUUUCGGGAUGUUGGUGGCGUGUUUGAGCGAGAGUAAAUUGACAUCGGUCGGGAUCAUGUUGAUCGUUCUGAGUGAAUCGAGCGAGUGCAUUCGGAUGGUGUUUUUCCAGCACAUGUUGUAUAGUCGUAGUUUUGGAGUCAUCGAGGGUUUGUUUUAUUCCGCGCCGGCGAAUUUUCUGUUUUUAGUGCUCUUCACCGUAAUCUUCGAGUACGGCGAGAUGGUUGAGACGGAGGCGUGGAGACGACCGAUGGGAAAUCCGUUGCCGUAUAUAGUAGUCGCGUUUUUUGGAUUUUUCGUAAACGUGACGACGAUUGGAGUGAUUCAAACGUGCGGCUCGUUGACGUUUAAAGGUGCCGGGCAGGUGAGAAACGCGACGGUGAUUAUGUUAUCCAGUUGGUUGUAUAAAGAGAAGCAAACUUUCGUGCAGCUGUGCGGUUACGUGGUUUCAAUCGUUGGAUUUUUCAUAUACCAAACCGCAAAAUCGGCGGAAAGUUUGGACACGAUCACGAAAAGCGCGGAAUUCAUGGCUGGUGAACCGUUUACGCCCGGCUCGCCGAUUUGGGAAGGUUCGGAAGAGUACACGUGGACGACCAGUCCGCAAUGGAAACAGAUCAAAAGAGGCGGCAUUUUCUCGAAUUUUCGGUUCGUCAAUAACAAAGGAGGGUCCUCGAACAAUUUAGUCGGAAUGGCCAACGGAGGUAACGGUAGCACGAAUAGCAUGAGCAAUAAAAACAACAACGGGAGCUUUUCUGGGUCGGAGGAAGAGAGGCAGAAAAUCUUAGGCCCGACGCUGAAGGAAAUCGAGGAGAUCAAAUUGGCGCAGUUGGCUAAGCAAAGGUCGAAAUCGACCGCAGAUUUCAACGUCGCCGAAAACGGCGGGUUGGUGGUGACGCCGAGAAGUUCUGAUUUUGGUUCCGGAAGUACCGGACAACACUUUGUUUUAAGUUUACCGGAGGAUUCAGAACGCGAGAGAGAUCCGACUCGAGCCGCCAGAUGGGGCGUUUAA